CGUCUACAAUGCCCCAGGUUCACAAUAAAUCACUUAUUGAAUGACUCGGGGGCUGCAUUCGGAAAGAAUUCACGCUACAUGGCGACUCUCAGAUUUACAGAACAGAGCCUUCGUAGAGUAAAAGCCCUUAAUAGUCUCGAAAACAGAUUCACCAGGAAGAAGCUUGAUUUUUUCGAGCGGGAUGCAAACUUCCAAAAGUUCAAGUAUGAACGCAUUAAAAACAGACUAGUUGACAAUUUACAUAAAAGACUGGCUUACAAAUUGGUGCUCAAGAAUCACAGUAUUAGUAAGGCAAAAGACUAUCAGAAAGCUUUGGAUCAAAAAUACACAUAUACAGCCUUACAAGGCGAGGUUCAACAUAUGAUGCAAUACAUGAGACCUGAGCGUAUGCGGGAGAGAAAAGCCAAAUCUCUCCUGCAUGAAAACCAGAAUGCAUAUGAUAAUAUAAUCUUUCAAAAUACACAGAAGUUCAACAAGUUGUUUCCGGAGAAGAAAGCGUGGAUGUCCAAGAGAAUGAGAAUUCUGGCGGCUGAACAAGAGGCCAAGGAGGCGGUAAAAGAACCAACCCCACUUCCAACACGAGAACGCAAUGCAAGGAAAGGUAUAGCAACAUUACGAAGACGGAUAAUAACUUUGGAUGAUUCAAAACCUAAUUCCCCACUGAAACUGCCUAAAACCCCCGCGAUUAGCCCAUCCAAAACUCCUUCAUUGAGUAAACCGCCAUCGUCAAAUUCAAGAAUGGCAAAUAGGAGGCAAGAAAUAUCGAUGAGCAUGAUGAAAAAGCAGAAGUCUUUCGUAGACGGUAGAGAAAUGACAAAAGACGACUCAAUAUUAAGAAUGGAGUCUAAAAUGAAAAGCCUCGGUAUUGACGAUAAUGAAGAGAAUUUAGAAGCUAAAGAUAUAAAUAACAAUGAUGUUAAAGACGACAAAGAGGUUGCAAUAACCAGUGACGUUAAUGAUGAUAUUGAUAUAAAUAAGGACGAGAAAAGGCAAUCGUUUUUACCACCAAUUGAGAAUCAAACGCAGCAGUUACAAAAAUCAAAACAGCAGACAAACGUGCAAACUAAGACGGCAAAGAACGUUAAACUACCGGUGCUAAAAAUGUCGAAGCCAGUGUAGGAACAGUGAGGCGGAGCAUUCAUGAGCUUGCAUAUCUAGUCGUUUUUAUCUUUUCAAUUUUAGGAAUAAUAAUAAAACCGGUGUCAAAAUACGAAGAGUGGAAGAUGAUAAAACAGCUAGACGAUAUUUUUAGAAGUGGCCAUCGUAGCAAAUAUCUGUUUGUUGCAUGUACACUUUCGAAUGGAUUUAUAUCUAGAAGCACUGGUAUCUUUUACUUCUUCGAUCUAAUAGAAAUAGUUACUAUGAACAAGGCUGCUAUCGAUAAGCUGAAAUCACAUACCAUCUAUUGACGUCAUAAAUCAGGUGCCAUCAUUGAUACGUCAACUUAUGAUAGGAGAUAUAAGCUCGUUCUCAAUUUUGUAAAGUCUCUUUUUGUUGGAAGCCUUGCUAAUCAUAUUAAUUAUCUCUGUUGUCAUAUUUAUGUGUUUUAAUUAACUAAUACGGGCACUCCAAAGCAGCAGUUUAUUAUUAUUCUAAUGUGUACAGAGCUGCAUAAAAGUAAGUAAGUAAAUAAUUUACUAUAGUGACAUGUGUAAAACGUUUCUCAAUAAUCCAUUUACAUAAUACCCGUUCCUAUGGACAUAUAAAUCUGCAAGUAUACAGAUAUUAGAAAUAUUAUAUCAUGUUUAAAAUUAAAAUUAUCAUAUAUACAAAUUUUGAUCUGCUCCAGAUUAUACAUUAUUUAAUGAAUAUAAGUCAAUAGACAUUAUUAUGAUACAUAGUGCUUCCUGUAAAUGUUUUCAUGUGUUUUUUAUUAUAUUGAUCAUAAAUAAACAAGGCCAAAAAAAAUUCUUUGUUUCCGGUAACAUGCUCAAAAAAAUUAGAGUAGGUAGGUCGGAUUUUUUUAUAUUUUUUUCUUAUUAAGGGAGACUUUUCAGAAAUUAUUUUUGUAUCAAAAAUGAGUACAAACAGGAGGCUUAUGCCUUUAAAGCAUCGGUAAGUUGAUUUCUAACACCACUGGGCAUGUUUAAAGCAUUAAAAGUGCAGUUUUGCAACUUUCUGUCAAAAAGUUAAAAAAAAAAAAUAUUCUCCAUGCAAGGCCAUAAAAACAUUUAGGGUCGGGCCAAAAAUUUAGGGUAGGUCGGGAUACCGGAAACGAACCAUUUUUUUUUACGCCCAAGAUAGUGACCUUUGUUUCUUUCCGGCCGUAGGCCGAUAUUGAAUUCACCUUUACUUCCUGUAAAUAUCUGGGGUGAAGGCCAUUUAACAGCUGAUUAAAAAUGUACAUUUCGAUCGGUGGGUGAAAAUUCCACAGGUUUUCGAAUGGAAUAGAUGAUAUUUUCUUAA